UGUGAUCUCUGCAUGUGGACAUGAUGUGUUAUGUGAUUUCCUUUUCACAGAAGUCUGAUCUCUGAUGGUGGUGUAUGGAUGAUUCUGCUGUAUAGAGGAGAGGUGUGUGUGUGUCUGCACUGAGCACAUUGGUUUCCAAGCAGCAAAGGGAAAAAAACAAAACAUGACUAAUUGGCUUGAAAAAACUCCCCUGGAAUGGCAGUCUUAUGUCAACAAAGAGGUAAAAGUCACGGCUGAUGAAAAGUAUGAAUACCAAGGAUGGAUGAUAACUGUUGAUCCAGUGUCUGCCAGUGUUGUCCUGGCUCAUUUUGAAGAAGCCCAGAAAACGCUGGUUCGGGUGGUAAUGGGGCAUGCCAUACAAAAUGUAGAGGUAAUCAAUGAAGCGGAUGACAUCAUUAAAAAGAGACUUUCACAUAUGUUCAGCCUUUAUGAAACCAGUUUACAAUCCAGUGAAGAUCUGGAGACCAGGAAACAGAGCUUGAAAAGUUGGCUGGAGCAAAACAAUAUUCCUGUUACUGUACAAGGAGAUUCACUAAGCACAUUGCGUGUGGCCGGAGUACUAAGUAUUGACCCUCCAUAUGGACCAGAUAACUGCAGUAGCACUAAUGAAAUUAUAUUGUCUCGCAUACAAGGACUGUUACAAGGCUUUCUGACAAGCCAAUAAUGAGACUCUAUUUACACACUUUUCUGUUCAUUGAAAUAAAAAGCAUGAAACAAAGCGA